AUCAGCUAAAUACUAUAUGUAAUAUUCUUUGGAAUAGAGAUAAAGAAUUUAUAUCUAAACAAAUGGGACAAAACUAACAAAUCUUUUUUUAUAUACUUUUACAAUAUUUUUAAGAAAUCUUUAAUGAUAUUUAAUAAAGAAAUGAAAAACAAUAAAAUUUUCCUAGUAGGGGGAAUAAUUUUUGCAUCGGAAAUCAUUUGGUAUUUGUACAAAAAAGUUCAUAACCUAUGGAUUAAAUCUACAAACACUUGCAAAGAUUUAAAAACAAAUAUUUAUGAAUCGAAACAAGACAUUUCAGAGGUGAUGUUUUUUACAAAAGAAUCUAGUUUUUGUCGAACACACUUAACUAAUAAAGAAAUUUGUUUGAAAGACACUUGUUCUGUUCAAUAUUUGAGAAAGUUGGAAAAUUAUAUAAACCAAGCAAAAGAAAGUUUAGAUAUUUGUAUGUACAUGUUAACUUGUCAAAUGUUAUCAAAUGCAAUCGUAAACGCACAUAAACGGGGAGUACUUGUUCGAAUAAUAAUGGAUCGAAGUAUGGCUUGCAACGAAGCCGCGCAAACGGCUUUAUUUUAUAAGAAUGGGGUCACAAUUAGAUUAGAAUAUUACGUUGGUUUAAUGCAUCAUAAGUUCGCGAUCGUGGAUAAUGACAUAUUAAUCACUGGUAGCACGAAUUGGACAAUGUCUGCUUUUUUUGGCAAUUUCGAUCACAUAAUAGUGACUAAUCAACAUUUGUUAGUGAAGCCAUUCAUCGAUGAAUUUGACAGGCUAUGGAAGACAUUCCCAAACUCGCAAGAAAAUAUAGAAUGUUCAGCGGAGUUUUCAGUAAAAUAACUUGUAAUUUGAAACUUCUCGAACAGCGCAGAUUUUCAUGCGAACGAGCGGUCGAAUUCUCGCGGGGAGACGUGGAGGAGAAUAAGUAAUUCUGGGGGGAUAUCGAAACAGGUACGGAUGGAAAAAAAGAGAAUAAUCGGACGACGAGGAUAUCGCCUCGAGCGAGUGUCGUAGCCGCUUGGCUCAUCAAAAUAAAACGUGGAUUUUACACGUUGCGGGACCGGUGUCGCCACGUCGUAUAUAUCCUAUAUCUACAUAUGUGUAUAUUUACAUACGUAUAAAAGUACGGUCGUGGAUGGGAGAACAGUCGAGCGUGGUUAUUCGAGCGAACAUGAUCGA